AUGAACCACGCAUGGUUAUUCGUUAAAGAUCCUGAUACUAAUAUCGAAUUGGAAAAAAAAGUUGUGAAAAUCGAUGCGUUCAAGAAGCGUUGGCCUGGCCAAGGAUUUGCUCGGUUUAUACAAAGAAAGAAAAUCGGCGACAAAGCGACCUUUGGAGUUGAAUUUGGAAUGUUUUCAAUUCAUCAAAAAGAAGUACACUUAUUGCCACCCAACAGUUUUCCAUCAGAUCUACGCGACGCGUGGUCAGAUCAAUUGGAUAGUCCUACGAGUUCCGACGUUCAUUUUAACAUCAAUGGUCACUCCCUGUAUGCCAGCAAAGACGAUCAUCAACUCGAAUCAGCUGUCGAGAUAUAUAGCAUCGCGGACAAAUAUCUAAUCGGAGAGCUAAGAAGUCGAUCGCUACAAAAAAUUUGGGAAUGCUUGACUGAUGACAAUGCGGCAGAAGUUUUAUUUACAUUCGGAUCUCAAUGGCCCGAUCUUAAAGAAACCGUGAUGGAUUAUGUUGUAACGAGAUUUAAGUCGGUUAGAAAAACCGAAGGAUACCUUCGAAUCGAAAAAAACAAUGCGGAAUAUCCAGGAGCUAGUACAGUUUAUGCCGAACUACUUCAAAAAUUAAUUCCGGAUAACUAA